AUGUACCAAGGCUUGAACUUGAGCCUCUACUCGAACAAUCCAUCCGAGAUUGCUAUUGAUGACGAGCACAAGAUCGCAAGAAUCGGCCACGUCGCAGACGUGCUCGCCGAAUGGUUCUCGGUGAUUUCCAAGCAAGCCCGGAAGAAAGGCAAAGACGCGUUUUGCGUUCUUUUUGGGCCGCCGGGAUCAGACAAAACCCCGAACGACAACCACUUGCAUUUGCUCUUGUUCCGCAUCAAGAUCUUCAUCGAGAGAGCGAUCGAGCUCAACGAUCUCGACAGGGCCGGUGCAUUGAGGAAGUUUAUCAUUUUGAUCCACGAGAUCUUGCAUGCGCUUUUCGUCGCUUUGACGCUCGAGGCCGGCAUGGCGAACGCAAACAGCGUCCUCGUGGUAAAGAGCUUGCUAUUUUGUUUCUUCCAGGUCGACUUUUCUGAGGCGCUCCAAGCACUUUUGACCCGAACCACAGGGAAACAAUUUGUUGAUCCCAAGCCAGAUGAUGCCAAAGAAGAAAACAGCGCUGCAGAGCACGCUCGCCAGGCAAGGAAACCAGAGCUCAGGCUCUCCUAUGAGGCCGUGAUGAAAAUCUAUGCCAUUUAUCUCUCGCUUGCAAAUUGCCCCAUUGACCUCAUCCUCGUGGACAAAGUCUCGUUGUCGCUCGACAUCACGACGCCUGAGGACAUGUCGCCAAACACGUACACGCGUUUUCUUGAAUUACUCGACUUCUCCAAAGAAAAGACUUUCGCCCCAUUGACCAACAGGCUUGUAAGUCAAUUGGCGGCCAUUUUCAACUAUUACUAUGAAUUGUCGCCGGAUAUCUUGAGACAUUCGCUCAGGCACUCGUCGUUUUUUGGCUGGGUUACCGGCAAUACGUUAUCCCCCCGACUGUAUCUUUCCACAGACACCACGCUGAGCGUGACGUCAUUUGCGAAGAUCGCAUUAGAUCCCGUCGACCCUUACUUCUAUGAAGUGGACCUCUAUGAACACAAAAAAAGAAUCAAAGUCGUGGGGAAAGAAACAGACUCUGUGGCUGGCGUGCGGAGCCCGUCAUACCUUGCGAUAACUUUCCAAAUGUUUCAGCUUCUACACAACAGGACAUUUACAAAAGAGCUUGUUUCGCAGACAAACAGCACUGUUUGCUUACUCGAUAUCUGGUUGUGUGUAUCUUCCUACGUGCAUCAUUACCAGUAUAGAUCGGCCAUCAACACUUAUGGAGCGAGAGUAUCUUUUCUCAUGUUGCUCAAGUUGACCUCACCCAAGGCGCCAUGGCUUCUGGCUCUUCGGGCCCGCAAAAUUGACGAGAACAAAUGGAAAUUGUGUCACCACAAACAUCCGGUGAUCCCACUCGACGAAAACUGCCCAGAGAAAGACGCUUUGCUCUAUGUGAUUGAUCUUCUCCAAAUCACGUUCAGGUACAAUCUCUCCAAGAGGUUGGACAUGGAAAAUGUCAAGAUCGCGCUUACGGUGUUGUAUCAAGUUCUCUUGGAGCUUGAAGCCCAUCCAACAGAAGGCCUUCGUACCUAUUCCUGGAACGAUUUGUACGUGGCUUUGGUGUACUUCAUGAAAUUCGUUGCGCGAAGCCAAAACGAAGAAGCAGUCAAGUACGUGAUUGAGGAGUUUUUCUCUAUCCUUCAGCUUCUCCUCAGCCCGGCUUUUGAUAAGAUCUUAGAGAAGAGCACUGAUUACUUUUCGCUUGGCUACCAUCCGGCCAAAUCCAUGAAUUUCGACUUGCUCUACAUCAUGCUUCAGCAGCACGAUACUUUGGAAGCACUUUUCAGCAAGUUCAUCAGGAGAAAAAAGAACUUCGGGCGCGUGGAGAGGGCUUUUCUUCAGCUCAAAGAAAAAAUAUCGUCGGUUUCUGACCGUGAAAUCAGUGACAGCGAAGUAACGAGGAUCUUGAACGAGCUCUCGCUUCUUGACGAGGAAAACAUGCAGUUGACAACCAUAACGAUCGACCGGUUUAACUAUGCGGAGACAUUCAAGUAUCUUGACAGGGACUACGAGGAUUUCAGCAAGCAACGAGAGCUUAUGAAGACAUUUAUUUCCAUAUUUGAGACGGACUGGGUUGGCGACGCGAGCCGCAACCGGUAG